AUGCAUCAUCACCCCGAACAUGGCUCGGACGCCAUCGAGGCCGACAUUUCGGAUGUCGACUCGGCCUACCAGGGAUCGCUAGGCAAUGCGAGCUGCACGGAUAGCAUCACGUCCAGUACGUUCAAUUACCAGUACGAGAACGGUCGCAGAUAUCACUCAUACCACGAGGGGGAAUACGUCUUACCCAAUGAUGAACAAGAACAAGAUCGUCUUGAUCUGAGCCACCAUAUUUACUUGAUGCUCCUAAGAGGAGAGCUACAAGUAGCACCAGUGAAGAACCCGGGCAGGGUAUUAGAUCUCGGUACCGGGACCGGGAUAUGGGCAAUUGAUUUUGCAGAUGGAAAUCCCAACUCAGAGGUGAUCGGCAUCGAUCUAAGUCCCAUCCAGCCUGCAUGGGUCCCCCAAAACUGCCGCUUCGAAGUAGACGACUUCGAACAACCAUGGCCUUACAGCCGCAAAUUCGACUACAUCCACGGCCGCGAGCUAGAAGGCUUCAUCCGCGACCACGACAAACUCUUCCAACAAGCCUUCGACAACCUGAACCCAAACGGCUGGUUCGAGAUGGUGACUAUGGAAGUCAACUCCUACUCUGACGACGGAACCCAUCUGAAAGCCGUCAGCAUGCUCGAAAGUGUCAAGCACAUACAUUUGUCAUCGAAGCUUUUCGGAAAGGAUAUGGCGUCUGUGUUUACCUGGAAAGAGCGGAUGGAGAGGACGGGGUUUGUUAAUGUUAAGGAGGAUAUUUUAAAGCUCCCUCAAAGUCCCUGGCCGAAGGAUCCCAAGCUUAAGGAGCUGGGUCGAUAUCAUCAGCUGAAUAUGCUUGAGGCGAUGCCACCGUAUAGCUAUGCUUUGUUCACACGGAUGCUUGGGUGGCAGCGGGCGCAGAUUGAGGCUCUUCUUGCGGGUGUACGGCAUGAGUUGCGGGAUCUUUCUAAUCAUCUAUAUACCAAGGUUCACAUGGUCUACGGGCAAAGACCGCGGUGA